AUGAAUUCCCUUGCCGGCAAGGUCGCCAUCGUCACCGGUGCCUCCAAGGGCAUUGGAAAAUCCACUGCUCUCUCGCUUGCCGCGGGCGGCGCCUCGGUUGUUGUCAACUACUCCACAGAUGACGCAGCUGCUAAUCAGGUAAUCAAAACUGUGGGCAACAAGAAAGCCGUUGCUGUCAAGGCAGACGUCAGCACCAUAAGCGGCGUCGAGUCUCUUGUUCGGAAGACAUUGGAACAUUUCGGCAAGAUUGACAUUCUUAUCCUCAAUGCAGGUGUCUUGCCCAUGAAGGACCUUGAGCAUACGACCGCAGAAGAUUUCGAUCGCACUUUUGCCUUGAACGUCAAGGGUCCUUACUUCCUCUGCCAAAAAGCCGUGCCUCAUAUGCGCGCAGGCUCUCACAUCAUCUUUCUUUCCACCACUCUAACAACUGCAUCCACCGUCGGUCCACCAUACCUGCUCUACAACGCAACCAAAGGCGCCAUCGAGCAGAUGACUCGCGUGCUCUGCAAGGAUCUCGGCAAGAAAGCCAUCUUCGUCAACGCCGUCGCCCCUGGCCCUACCGGCACAGAACUCUUCUACAAGGGCAAGAGUGAGCAGGUGCUCAAGAUGGCUGCUGGUUUCAGCCCCCACAACAGGAUCGGGACUCCUGAUGAGGUAGCGCAGACGAUCGUGUUUCUGAGCAGCGCUCCUUGGAUUUCUGGCCAAGUGGUCAGGGUCAAUGGUGGAAUGGCGUAA